UUCCCAUUCUCAUUUACUUUAUGAAAAAUUAAUAACAUUAAUUUUUAAAUAUCUUUUUAAUUCACCCAUUAUUAUAUUUAGUUUUCUUUAUUUUGUUCUGAGUGCUUAUUAUAUGUCAAUCUCUAGCCAAACCAACGCCUAGCCUCUUAGUGAUAUCCAAAACAAACACUAGAGCUUUAUCAAAUAUCCGUUUUGCAACUAAUAUCGUCAAAAAUAAAUUACAAUAGUAUUUAGAAAAUUUCCAGCAACCAUGGCUGCAAAACUUCUGUCCGUCGUAUAUACUACUAACCGAACAAUUUCCAAUGCAUUUAAAGGAGCCUUUUUAAAUGGAUCUCGAUGGUUGCAUUCAAGUCAGGAACCAAACAAAGUCAAGAAAACAACACAAUUAAAACAGAUGCUACUUUCAAAAGAACUUGAAUUCAUCAUGGAAGGCCACAAUGGACUGAGUGCUCGAAUAGUUCAAGAAACCGGUUUCAAGGGCAUUUGGGGCAGUGGACUUUCAAUUUCUGCUCAGCUUGGAGUCCGUGACAGCAACGAGGCAUCAUGGACUCAAGUCCUUGAUGUUGUAGAAUAUAUGUCAGAUGCUACCGAUAUCCCAAUUUUAUUAGAUGCAGACACAGGCUAUGGCAAUUUCAAUAAUGCCCGACGACUUGUCAGAAAAUUGGAAGAGCGAGGUAUAGCAGGUGCUUGUAUUGAAGACAAAUUAUUCCCUAAAACAAAUUCUUUAUUAGAUGGAAGAGUUCAACCAUUGGCAGAUAUUGAAGAAUUUUCUCUUAAGAUCAAGGCUUGCAAAGACAGUCAGAGAGAUCCCGACUUUUGCAUUGUGGCACGAGUAGAAGCAUUUAUUGCGGGAUAUGGACUUGAAGAAGCAUUGAAGAGAGCUGAUGCUUAUGCUAAAGCAGGAGCUGAUGCUAUAGUAAUGCAUAGCAAAAAGAGUGAUCCGUCAGAUAUUGAAUCAUUUAUGAAAGCUUGGAGCAAUCAGGCUCCUGUGAUAAUAAUUCCAACAAAGUAUUACACAGUUCCGACUCAACAUUUCCGAGACUUAGGAUGUUCUAUGGUAAUCUGGGCUAAUCACAACUUGCGCGCCUCAAUCACAGCUAUGCAAAGUUUAUCUGCGACAAUCUACAAGGAUCAGUCUCUUGUAAAUGUUGAAAAAACGGUAGCUCCUGUGAAAGAAAUAUUCCGUUUACAACGUGACCACGAACUGGUUGAAGCUGAAAAAAUCUAUUUACCUCAAAAAUGAGCUAAGAUGAUAUUCAAAUAUUCUUUUGAAAUAAGAAACAAAUCAUUUUUGGGAAUAAAUUUUGGGACUAUUGUUUCUUUUUUUUUUUCUUUUUUUAAUUUUCAAAUCAUUUUUCUGUAUAGGUAAACAUUGGUAUUUUUCCUAACUGAUAAAAAUUUCAGUUAACAUUCUGAUCGUUUUCUUUUUUCUGGCCUUAUAUGGUGUUAUUACAGAAUAUCAAUGAAUGAUAAUGACUUGACUUUUGUCUACGAUUUUUUUUUUUACAUUUUUUGAAUGGAAAUUAUAUUUCUUAAGAACUUUGUAAAAAAAAAUUAUUUAUAUACAUGUGUAUACACAAAUAUAUAUACACAUAAAUAUAUAUAUAUAUAUACAUACAGACCGCAUAUAUACACUCACCCACACACACACACAUGCACACAUAUACAAGGUAGUAUCAACAAGUUCCUGGAUUAGUUAUGUUUAAUAAAAACAAUAACUUAUUUACCUAAAUUUUAACAUCAUCUCCUUUGAAAUAGUCACUUUGAACAGCAAUACACCAGUUCCAGUGUUCCUGCCACUUUUGGGAUCCAGCCUGGAAGUCCGUUUCCAUAAGCACGUUGAGGACCUUCUGCGAUUCAAUCUGGAUCUCGACAACAGUGAUCAUUAAGCUGCAUUUUCAUCUUGGGGAAGAGAUGGAAGUCCACAGGUGCUAAAUCUGGCGAAUAGGGCGGAUGCAGAAGUGAUACUGUAUGGUUUCUAGUGAGAAACUCAAGAAUGACAAGAGCUCAGUGACAAGGUACAUAGUCAUCAUGAAGAAUGCAAUUCUUCACGCUCCACAGACCUGGUUGCUUUUGCUGAAUAUUCUCUUGCAAAUGGUUCAAAACAUUGUUGAUUGUCCUCUGAUGAUCGUCAUGCAUAAGCUGAUGAAUUUUCUCCACAUUUCUGGGGGUGACACUCAUGGCAGAUCUUCCAGAUCACUCGUCGUCUUCCAGGGACAUUCUUCCACUUUUGUAGCACCUGUGCCACUUGAAACAUUGCAUAUGACCCAUUGUCUCAUCGCGGUAAACUUGCCAAACCAUGCUCAAUGUCUCUGUAUCAGACUCCCUAAUUUUAACACAAAAUUUCACGUUGGCUCUUUGUUCCAACUUUCUGUCCAUGACAAAAUCACAUACACACAUUGUCACAAAAACACAAAUUUCACAACUUGUCAAGUAAACACAGUGAUGUUACUUGGCACACUGUCUCAUGAAGGUCACUGCUAGCUUUCACUGCACACACAACCACAUGCUGCCAUCUGUUGGCAUGCUACAGAGCUAGUCCAGGAACUUUUUGAUACCACCUCAUAGAGCUUGGUGCUGUCUACAUUGGCAAGGCUUGUCUUAUUUAGUAAAAUCCAUAAAAAGGAGCAUAGGGAAGUUACUAUGGGGAAUGGAAAAUCGAGCAUUUUAGACAGACCUUAUCACCAUGGCAAGUCCAUUGUACUCUUUUUAAGGAUUUUUUAUAAAUAUUCAUACAUACACACACACAUUAUUAAAAUAGUGAGUCCAACAAAAGGUGUUUUGUCUUACUGGAGAAUCUGCUACUCUUUAUAUAUACUGCUAUUAGCAGUAUAAGUAGCAGUAUACUCCUUAUACUGCUACUCCUUAUAUACCUAGUGGCAGAGUAGAUUGUAUUUGAAGAAAUAAUGAGGGUGGUAGCAAUAACAAUCAUCAUCAUCAUCAUGUAUCCAUCUUUCUAUUCCAUUUAAAUUUGAACCAUUCUUUAUUUUGGAAAGCCAUUUUCUAUCAAUUCCUUUUUCUACUUUUUUCCAUCAAUUAUCCACCCAUUUAAUUUAUUCCUGAUUUUAGUUUUUGCAUUUCCCUUACUUCAUCUUCAUCACCAUUAUUAUCUGUACUCACACAUUUUGUUCUGCCAAUAUAUAUAUAUAUAUAUAUAUAUAUAUUUAUUUAUAUAUAUAUAUAUAUAUAUACACACACACAUACAUAUUAGGGGUAGCAGUUCCUCAAUCCUCCAAAUUGUUCUUGAUCAAAGCAAUAUACCUUUUGUUUAAACUCACUGUUUUAACAAAACUUAUUUACAUUGUUUGAAUAUUUUAUUCUAAGUGUCCUUACCAUGACCCCACUUGCACAAAUACUUCAUUAUUAUUAUUACUAUUUACUAAUAUUAUUAAUAUUUAUUAAAUAUUCUUAUUAUUACUAUUUAUUAAAUUGAACAGUGCAUAUAAGAUAUGAAAUAUUAUAAUACAGAUAGAUAUUUUGAUAGCUUUAAAUAAUAAAUGUGUAUUUAACUACUAUGGAUUUUGGAAAAAAUAAAUUAUUUUGUAUAACGUUUAGAUAAUUUUGUUAAAGAUAUAUUUAAUAUUUUACCAAUUUCAUGCUCAAUUCAUAUAAAACUACAUUAUUAUUAUUAUUAUUAUUAUCCAUGAGCUGGCAGAAUCAUUAGAGCGUCGGCAUUUAUUCCAGUCCUUUACAUUCUGAGUUCAAAUCCUGCCAAAGUCAAUUUACUUAUGUUUUUGAAGUCAAUGGUAUUCAUUUAUCCGCUCCCAUCCCAAGCUGUUGGCAUUAUGCCUAAAUCAGAUAUCAUUUAUUAUUUUGGGGGAUGGGGGUGAAAUAUUAAUUAUUUUUUGUAAAAUAAUUAAUUGUAGGAGAAACAGUAUUAAUACCAAAGAGCAAUCUUUAUAUCCAACUUAAUGUUUUUUGUUAUUAACACUGUUUCUAUCACUAUUAUCUUUUAAUAAGCCUGCUUGCUAUUUGUGACAUCAGUGCUUGGAAAGUUACUGAAAUUCUUUAUCCCAUUGACAGUGAGAUUCAACUGUUAUGUUGCUACUGGACUCCUGCCAUUGCAGGGCAAAACCAUGUGACCUGGCAGUUCCAGCAGCUGUAGCAGACGAUUCCCAUCUAAAUGUGAGUGCUUUUAUGCACCACAUAUCCAUAUGAGAGGUCCUCUCUUGGUAAAUAAUGCUGUAUUUUAUGUUCUAACAAAACAUCUAUUGAUUGCUUUUUAAUUAUUUAAAAAAUGUUCAUGCUGUUUUGCUGUCUCGUGGAAAUUCGCUCAAUUCUGCAAUGUAUAUUUUUAUCAUUAUUGUGAUAAUGUAAACACAUAAUUUAUUUUGUUUCCAUUACUGGUUCUUUGUGGAAAAAAUUAGCAUCAUGCUAUUGUUAUUACUUUUGUUCCAUUAUCUUAGAAUAAUUACUGAAUACAAAUUUAAAGGGGGGGGGGGAAAUCACAUUUCACUGAACUGAAUUCUGAAAAAAAUAAGUCAUAGGUUUUAAGAUCUCAGUUUUUGGAUAUGAGCAAAAUGUUUGUAGAAAAGAAAUGUUACAUUUCAUUGAAAUGAAUCGAAUAAAGAAAACCAGAGAAAACAUUAAGUAAAUUAAUGCUUUAAUGUUUCAUUGUUAUAUUUAAGAUAUUCUUGUUUAUUGCUCAGGAAUAGGAGAUGCAGGGUUUGCAAGCACACCCUCUAAAAUUUUGGGUGGGGUAAUGAAAACACUUUCAUCAUCCUAAAUUAGGCCUGGGUUUGAACCCACUAAGCAAAUUUAAUUCCCACACUUAUGUAAGCAACUAAAAAUUUUAUGUUUAAUUACUCUGUUCCUUAUAGUAUUUAAAUGAAAUGUAACUUUUUAUCUUGCAACUUUCUUUAUUGAAAUUUUUAUAACCUUUUUCUGUGACAUUUUCCUUUGGCUUUUUAAAUUCCUGGAUUCAAAUAAUCUAUGAGUUUAUCCUCAUUAUCGGCAGUAGAUGUUUGUUAGUUAAUUUAUAUCACGUUUUAACUCAAGCCUGAUAAAUGAAAAAGUACUGAGUAGUAGAGUAAAGAAAAAGAUUACUGAUGUUAUAAAAAUGUUAUAAACAUUCUUGAGAAUGUGAAAUAAUUCCUUUUUUGGAAUAUUGGAUCUCAAAGCACAUAUAUAAAGCUAUAAACAUUUUGGAUGGGAAGCCUUUUACUUAUUCUGUCCAAAACAGAUUUCAACCCAAUAUUUGCUUGUUAUUUUUUAUAGCUUUAUAUGUGCUUGGAGAUCCACUAUUCCAAAAAUAAUUAUAUUUCCGUUAAUUCUUUAAUGCUAGCUUUCUCUUGAUAAACAUACAAUUUUAAAUGAUUCCUUUAGAUGUGAUUUUUUUUAUAUUACUUAUUUACUUUCAUUUUAGGACAUAAUUCCUUUUCAUUUGCCAAAAUCUCUAAAGGCUAUGAUGUUGUAAGCAUUCCUCAAAGGAAUUUCCUGUAAAAUCUUGAAAACUCUAUAUUCAGAGUUCUUAAAAAGUUUUUUUGAUUUACUUCUAAACAUAACACAUAUACACAUGCAUAUACACAUACAUACAUAUAUAUAUACAUACAUAGACAUAGAUAUGUGUCUCUGUCUAUCUAUAGUUAGUUUGCUUGUUUGUCCAUCUAUUUAUCUAUCUGCCCAUCUAUCUCUAUAGAUUGAUCAAUAAAUAAAUAGAUAAAUAAAUAGAUAGAUAGAUAGAUAGACAAACAGACAGUCAGUUACAAUGAAUCAAAUUAAUAUUCGUAUAAAGUAUCCUAGACACUUAUUUAUGGAAGAAGAAAUUCAAACAAUUAUUGCUUCUUAAAACCAAUCAUAAAACUAUUUGUUUUUUUAUUUUUAUUUUUAGACUUCUCUACCAUUUUUCUUAAUCUUCUCAUCAUAAACAUAUCCAUUAUAUGUUUAUUAAAUUUCAAAUGGAUUUAAGAAUUGACAAGCUUUAGAAUUGUGCAGAACAAGUAUAAAUUAUGAAACAAUUGCAUAGAUUUAAUAGAAUUUGAUUAGAUUUAUAUUAUUAAAAAAAGGUGGCAGCUUGGCAGAAUUGUUACAAUCUUAAAAUUCUUCUUGGUAUUUGUGGCGCCAUUCUGUGCUAUGGAUUAAAAUUUUGCUGUGAUCAGCUAUACCUUUUCUCCCUAUAGAACCGAAAAAAAAUAAAUAAAUAAAUAAAAGGUCCUAGUCUCAGAUGUUGGAUUGGCAGAAUACUUAGAAUGUUGGACUGGAUGUUGCCUUGUGGUGUCUGUUUAAAUUUUAAAUUCUGUCCCUAACUCUAACCCUGUCACUUGCAAGAACAGUGACACUUUUGUCAGGAGUCGUAAGUAAGGGAGAAUUUUAGCUGUUUGUAAAAAAGAAAAAAAGAAAAAUCUGUCAAAAAUAGUUUUUUUGGUUCAAUCAGAAAAUAUACUGCCAGUUUUAUAGUACUAAAAGAAGGAAUUCCUGGCUAAAAUUAGCUGUUGAGGAAAGAAAAGUCAUUGGAAAUAUAACAUUUCAUCUUAUUGGUAUUUUAUUGUAUUUAAAAUAAAAAUAUUUAUCAAUCUUGAA